ACACUCACUGAUCAGAUCACAGACACACAUGUGUGUUCAUGCUGAGCUCUGAUCUGGACUGGGAGAAAAAAGACAGAAAAAUACAGGAUGACAGACAGGAUAGGAGAGAGACAGAUGUGCCUCUAUAUAAGAGAGAGUGAGACAGUUCACAUAUGAAGCUGACGGAGAGACGCAGUGCCCACGUUUAUUCACUUUUCUCGUGAUCCUGGUUUUCCACUAAAACAACCUAAAGUACAGUCUGAGGUGACUGUCUGAUGUAAUAAUAAUGAGUGUGUUGUGGAGUGUGUAUCUGGCUGUGACGCUCGUCUCACACACACUCUGCACUCUCUCACCUGAAAACGAGGUACCACUGCACACAACAAUCUGGCUGAGUGAUGGCAAGAUCACACCUGUCCACCUGAGUAAAGGACAAACACACAGGCUCCAUUUUACACUGAGCAAGAGGACGACAGAUCUGAUGCUCACAGUUUCUCCCUGUUCAGGAAGUGUAGAGUGGAGUCUGACGGCACACACACUGAAGGACAAACCAGCCAAGGAUCAUUACUGGAGUUUUAAGAAGAGCGAGCCCGAAGUGUGGUGGAGAAAAACAGCAAGUGAGAAGACACUUCAUACUUACUCAGGCAGUGCUGUGGACACUUACGAGGGUCCAGCGCUUCACCCAGUCUCCGUCUACACACUGCGGAUUAAAGCAAAACAGGAAGACACACAUGCACAUGUUUAUCUCCAUGAAGGACCCACACCAUGGGGAGUGUUUCCAGAGUUGCCCUUUGACCCCAGAGUGCACGUGCUCGGGGUCGGAAUGAGCAGUGUGACACUGACCUGGAGCCCAAGUCCAUCUGUCACCAAAGCACUACACACACACAUACAUGCACGGCCGUAUGAGUACUGCGUUACUGUAAACCGCAAACACAACUACAGGAGCCUGUGUGCCGCACAAGAGGAGAAAGGGGGGAUAAAAGACGAGGGGAAGAAAAAAGUUGUGGUCAAACUGGACAGAUUCAACGAGUGUGUGUGUGUUUGUGAAGUGGUGGAAAGUGUGUGUACUGUCUCAGAGCUCCUCCCAAACACACUCUAUUACUUCGAUGUAUUUGUGAUUGACAGAAUGAAUGGCACCAGCGCAGCAUACACGGGAAUGGUUGCACACACACAUGCAGAAUCACACACACAUGCAGACCCACACCCAUUCACAGACCCACACACACUCACAGACCUACACCCACACAGCGUGACCCCACUGAGAGAGGGGCAGGUGCAGUUGGUCACACUGAAAUCUGGGGCCGAUGAGAGGCGGAGUUUCCGUUUUCGGCCUCGUGGUGGGCAGAAGAAUGGCCUGCUCACACUGCAGAGCUGCAACAACACACACACACUCACACACACACUCUCUGUUUCAGUCAUGGCCCGAGGAAAUGUGCUGACAUCACAGGAAGUGGGAGAUCAGCUGGUCCAGAUGUGGCUGCAGGGGUUCUCAUCCUACCUGAUCCAGCUCCGACUCUCUGCUCGAAACACACAAGCAGCAGAGAGAAAGACUUUGUGUCUGAAAAUGCAGGCGUCGUCUGCAUUCCACCGCCGGGGGGCGCCGGCGUUGCCAAACACACUCCACAUCAAGAGCUUUAACACACUGCGCACCUGCAGCUCCGUUACACUCGCAUGGAUGGGAACCGAGGAACGAGGACUGUACUGCCUCUACAGACGCAGAGUGGACGGGCAGAGUGAGACAGGUGGAGAGAGGCGUGAGACAGGUCAAAACAAAGAGAUACGGGGUACACAGAGAAGUGAGACAGGUGGAGAUGGAGUGAUACGGGGUAGACAGAAGUGUGAGACAGGACGAGACAGACUGGUACAGGGUAGACAGACAAGUGAGACAGGUGGAAACGGAGUGAUAUGGGGUAGAACAAGGAGUGAGACAGGUCAAGACAUAGUUAUAUGUAGUGAACAGAAGCGUGAGACCGGUCGAAAUCGAGUGAUACCUCGUGAACAUAGGAGUGAUACGGACCGUUGUUUAGCACCAGAGUCUCGCCCUCCUGAUCAGCGCGUGCUCUGUAAAUACUUCCAGGAACUUGAUGCACGCCGUGCUGUUACUACGGCAACAGUAGGUGGGCUGGAGGCGGAGACACUGUAUACGUUUGAUAUUUAUUUGAUGAGACGAUGGGCACUUCCUGUUAAAUACCGCAGCAAGACAGUGCGUACCAGGAGAGACUGCUGAGAACCACACACACACACACAACUGCAAAAGCCCACUGGCCAUUGUUGCUGUUAUAAUGAUGAUGUGUUCACACAGGACUGUAGCAAACACACUGCAAUAUCACACCUGUCCAUUGCUGCCGAGAGCGAGAGAGAGAGAGGGAAGACUCAGAGUGAGACAAAAUCAUAAAGAGAGACACAGGCAGACGGGAAAUGGAAAUAAAAAUGAGGGACAAAGAGACAGAAAGAGAAAAAAACAGGUACAGAGACAAAUGUGUGCUGCAUGAUGAAAUAAUUCGUCUUCACUGUGUUUGUGUUUGUUGUGCUUCACUUUUAUGCACCAAUAAAAACAGAGAUACAGAUCCUCACGGCUCAGCUCAUUUCCUGUACAUCACAGCUGAGGAUCAUUCUGCUUUUUCUUAAUUCUCUAAUUCAUUUGCUUCUGUUCACUCACUCCCACUCAUUCACUUGUAUGACAGGUGCUACACACAAUCUAAAGCUAAUAAUACAUUGAUUAAAAAUGUGUUUUGAUUUGACAAAAAAAAAACAUAAGUAAUUGUUAAUAUGGUGAAAUUGUCUGUAAGUCUCCAGUGUC